UGUCUUUUUCUUAAUAUACACUCUUUUGUAGUUUAUUUAAAAAAUUAUUACAUAUAUAAUGAAUAUUUUGAAUACAUAAACUUCUUUUAUAUGAAGAGUAAAAAUUAUGAAAAUGAUCACCUUCUGUUUAAUUCUGGUGGUAGAACACUCCAGUCAUCCGAUUCAUAAUAAGGCCACAUAAUGCACUAAAUCUUAACAAAUAAAGAACUUGAGACAAAGACUUAGUUAAAAUUGCAAUCCAUAUAUUAUCCAGUAUAUACGCUUGAACUACCAGUUUUGUAGACUUUUUAUCACCAACAUAACAGAAUGUGAGGCAAGGUGUUGGCAUUAUCUCUUAUCUCAGUUACUACCUUGAUAGCAGCAACACAAGCCACACUUUUAUUUAAAAAAUUUGAAUUACAAAUACAUUUAAUAUUCGAUUAACGAUUUGAGAUUACAACCAAUGGUAAUGGAAUUAGAAUUUUAUUGGAAGCAUUGGAACACAACUUCAUUACUAAGGUUUCAGACACUGUAAUAAUUAAUUCAAGCCAUGCAGUACGGUUUGUGGCGGCACACGAGUGGCAUGUCAAAUACCAGAUGGAUUUUCAUUUUUGCGCUUCAAUCAUUUUAUAUUACAAGCGUAAUUGGUUCAACGGGAGAUAGAUCGCAAUUUUACAAUUUAUGCCUAGCAAAAUGUCGUGGAAUUAAUUGUCUAGCGAAUGAAGAUUUCAAAGUACAACCUUCUUUAUUUUUAAGAUUGCUAUUUUGGUCUUGUGAAGAAGAUUGUAGAUAUGUUUGUACGUGGGAAACAGUUAAUUAUUUUAUCUCUCAUGGCUUAAAAGUUCCUCAGUUUCAUGGAAAAUGGCCAUUUAUUCGUCUUUUUGGAUGCCAAGAGCCUGCAUCUGUCAUAUUUUCUAUAUUAAAUUUUUAUGCUCAUAUUACUAUGUAUUGGAAAUUUAAAAGAAAAUUAAGGCCCACUGAUCCAAUGUUUUAUGUUUGGACUUACUUUAGUAUGGUAUGUAUCCAUGGUUGGUUUUGGUCUUCUGUUUUUCAUGCGAGAGACAUACCAUUUACAGAAGUAAUGGAUUAUUCUAGUGCAUUUAUUAUGGUUCUUACAUUACUGUAUUGUAUGUUAUUAAGGCUAACAUAUACGAAUAAUAAAAUGUUUGCUGUGAUUACGUGCGGAUAUCUUAGUACUUUGUAUACUCAUUUAUCACAUUUAUGGUCUGGUGAUAUUAAUUAUGAUUACAAUAUGAAAUUUAAUAUUGUCAUAGGAUUUUUAACAUUUAUUUUAACAAUGUUAUGGUGGCAUCGUAAUCAUAAAAAGUUACCAUAUAUUCAUUUAAUUGGUUGGUUUAAUAUAUUAACCGUCCUUGUUACCUUAUUAGAAAUAGCAGAUUUUGCACCAAUAUUUUGGGUAUUUGAUGCUCAUUCUUUAUGGCAUGCUAGUACAGCUCCACUUACUAUUCUAUUGUACAGAUUCAUGAUAGCAGAUUGUUCUUUUCUUAGAACAUACUACAAUAAAUUAACAUUAGGCAUUGAGCGUCACAUACGAUAAAUUAAUAGAUGUAUUAGUAUAGUUUAAUAAUUGAAAAGUGAAUAUUCAUUGUGUACAUAAAGUAAUAAAAAGGUUAUAAUAAUAUGAUU